AUGGUGUCAGCGUGGCAACAGUGGCUCUCGCCGCGACCGCAGAAACGCACCAGAAACAAUUCCCAACCGUCUUUCAAUCAUCUUGGUAAUGCGGCGCUGUACGAGCCUCUCUCAAAGCCGGACGGCCUUUGGGUUGUCAGAGAGACGCAUUACAUAGAAAAUGCACUCGUUCGUGCCGGGCUAUCUGGACCCCCACUACAUAUACAUCGUUUACAGGACGAAUACUUCAAGGUCGAGCAGGGUGUAUUGGGUAUAGUCAAGAACGGAGUGGAAUACACCGUCACCAAGGAUGAUGGAGUCUUCCACAUACCUGCCGGCACGCGCCAUCGGUUCUGGUUUCAUAAAUCGUCUACGGAGACUCUCGUCUUCUCCGUCUGGUUGGAUCCCUGUAAGGAUAAGGACUAUAUUCUUGACGUGAACUUCCUGCGCAACCUUUCAGGCUACCUCGACGAUUGCCUCAAGGCCGGCCUGAAGCCGUCCGUUCUCCAAAUCAUUCUUUUCACAGAAAACGCAACCUCCCUCCUGUGCCCGCCUUUCCUGAAUUGGAUGCCGGUCUGGUUGCUCAUUCCAGUACACCGCGGGCUUGCCUGGUUCGCAGAGAAAGUGUUAGGGUAUGAGAAGUCGUAUCCGGAGUACACCAGAGAUUCGUGA